GCCAAUAAAGCUGUUUGUUUAUUCAUCAAUUUGAUCAUCUUAUUAUUCGACCUAGGUACUUACUCUUUUAAUAAUUGGCUGGAACUUUACUGUUAUUAACUACCUGUUAUGAAUCUUUACGUGUGGCCGUUUAGUAAAUAAUUCAAACCGGCUUUUUUAUCAGUUUUAUAUGAGUAAGCAGUUCUUAUGGUGUUUGUGAUACGGUCUCUUCGUUAUUCAGUCUUCAAACACCAUCAUGUUUAUGCUACUGGUAUUCGUGAGCGCGCUUACUGCGGCGCGCGCUGACUGCGAUGCGUGCAUCCAAGGCAUCUGCCACUCCAAGAAAACCCUGAUCGAGGGGUUCAACAUUAAUAAUCAACUCGCUAUCGACCGCACCAACAACAUACUCUAUGUCGAAAUUAAAGAUCACCAAACCAUAGCAUUUUUCCUCGAUGAAGCUAAAAUGCGAAGCGUUGAUGCAAACUAUCCAGGUGGCUUAACAGUAGACCAAGAGACCCAAGACUUCUACACAAGUCAGACACAAUAUUAUAGUUAUAUAUAUGCGUAUGGAUACGAACAAGGCGCUUACAAAAAAAAAUUAGUUUUAUAUCUUGAUGGAUAUAAAUCACCUGCCAGACUUCGGUAUGAAGACACUCUGUACACGAUCAACCAGGAUGGUAGUUGUGCUUACUACGACAAGACUUCAAAGUCCUUCCAUGGUUACAGUAACUUAGAAAACUUCAAAGUCACCGAUUUGGUCAAUGUAAGAAAUGCAACUGAAUGGUUCUUUACUUCUGCUAACAAACUUUACAGGUUUAACUGGGACAUCAACGACAAGAAGUCAUGGACUCUUAUCUCUGAAGAAAGACACGUUCUGUCAAUUGGUAAAUACGGUGAUGUGUAUUUUGGAGAUGUUUCCGCAAGAGUUAUAUAUAAAUUAGAUAGAAAAACGAAGGAAAUGGUAAAAUAUGGUGAUUAUAUGAAUGCUUCGUUAGAGGAUUUUGUGUUUGAUAAAGAUGAGAACAUUGUGUUUCUUGACCAUGAUGGAAACGUGGUGAGUUGGGUGUCAACCGGAAAGGCGUGCACAAAACCGCACCUUAACAGUGAUUUGUCACCUGGCAAGAGCUUUCUUGUUGAACUUGUCCGAGGCGGGGAUGAUGCGUACAAUUUUACCUAUAUACCAAAGACGACAUUAGAUUCAAAGGAGUUGUACGAGGUGAUUGAGGUCUAGAGGGGAUUACGGGUAAUUAAUUAAACCAGAUAUAGAAUAGGGUAUUUGACUGUAUUUAAAAUAAAUUAUUUUACACCGAGCAUGAAAUAAAGCACCAGAAGAUUAAUAGAGCAACGUAGACAGCAGUUACUUUGAGACACAAUUUCUAUUAUUAAGCAGUAUAAAACUAUAAAGUGUAAUUUGAUUGUGACGUCACAUGCUAGUGUUUUAUAUAAAUUCCAUAGUAGCAAAAUCGUUUUGACAGUUUGAAAAAAGAAGCUGAUUUGACUAGUAGGUCAAAUACCCUGUUUAUCCGUCUAAUCAUUAAUUAAGAAGUUUUUUUUAAGUUACACUUAAUUAAAUCUUAAUUUACCGAGCAGCAAUGUACUGUAAACAUUAAGAAACAUAAGAUGACUUGACAUUACGAGAUACGAGCUUUUUAAUAAUAACUGCUAACAAGCGUUGAUAGUUACUUUAAAAAGCUCGUAUCCCGUAAUUUGUGUGGUACUUACAUUGCGGGCCGAAUUAUUUUGUAUGGUUAAAAUUUUCAUUUGUAUUUCUAAGCAAAAUCUAUCUUUAUAUACUUAGGUCCUAUGCUAACCAAAUAUUCGCCCGUAUUGAAUUCACACACUGUAUUUAAAGAUAAGUAGAUAUUAUAAGAUUGAUAAGUAUAACGUUCGGUAAAGACAGAGUAAAACUCGCGAAUGAAACUCUGAUUAUAUUAAUGUGCUCAUAAUCACUUUGCUUAUAAUUUGGUGCCAUAACGUGUGGACGUGACUGCCGUUACACAUUCAGAUUGCAAUCGCAGCAGCGGAAAACCGCGCAUGACAAUUUUCCAUAUAAAAUGUGUGACGGAGUUGAACGUUUGAACGAUAGUUAGCAAUGCGGCAACGACAGUAACACAACGCGAUUAAUCAAGGAAAAUGUAAGUGAUAUCGUCUGUCUCCCGCCACUGUAAGGUGCAAAGGAACGCUACAACAGCAUCACUGCUGCAGUCGUAAUCGGAGUGUAACCUUUAGCGUGUAUACUUGUAUAUAACAGAGACGUUGUGCCGCUCAUGUAGAUGCUGCGUAACAAGACAGACAUGAUGUAUAAAAUGUAUGAGUUAUAAUA